AGAGCUUUCUAACCUAUCUACACUGCAUCUUGUAUCUCAAUUUAUUUACUAAAACAUUCAACAUGCUCAAUUCUGAUAAGAUCAUUCAAAACUGAGGACGGCCGAAAUGAUACGCGCUUUUUGAAUGAGAGUCAUGCACGGGCCAGCCUUUCAUAAUGCAUGCCGAAAAAUUGACAAGCUCUUUGCCGUCAAAUACUUGAUUACCGUCAUACCUGAAGACAUCAACAUUCUUCUUCUGCACUACCAUAUCAUAAAGUCAAGCAACUUUCAACGGCACGAGAAAAGUAAUCGUCGGACACGAUGCCAGUCUGUGAAGUAUGCUCGAAAGAGCCAUCCAAAUACAAGUGUCCAACUUGUGGCCUGUUGAGCUGUUCUCUCGGUUGUACAAAAUCACACAAAAUAUACUGUGCACCGAAGCAAGAUCCAGCAGCCGAAGACUCUGCGGAGAAUGCGCAGCCUGAGGAUCCUGGAAAUCUCGCCAAGCAGGAAGAUAACACCACUCAAUCCAAAGAGCAAGAACCUCUUCCCAAAGCAGAGAUACAAAAGCUUUUUGCGGAAUAUCCCAACCUUCGCUCGAGAUUACGAGAAAUCUACAAGACUACUCUAGAGGAAGAAUGGAAUGCAACCGCACCCGACUCAAAACACAGCACAUAUCAUCGCGGCGAUCGACAGGCGCAUAAUCACCACCAUCAUCACAAUAAUAAUCGUGGAACCUGGACUGCAGAAAAAGGAUUCAACCGUGGAGUCGCGAAAAUUAGGAGAUGGAGAGAGGGUUGUGAAGGCGGGGAGUGCACAGAUGCCGAUGCCGAGGGUUUUGUGAAGUUCAUGGCUUUGGUCGCUGGAGAGCGUGGAGGGUAGUUCUAUCAGAAGUACUCUGUACUUUCUUAGCCCUAUCGUGGCUAUUCACUGCGAGUAACAGCGCUUGUUGCGAUCUUUCUUGGUCUGCUAUCCUCUUAACCGACGCUUACUUGCAAGAGCAAGAGCAAUGAAUCAGAACGAGAGAACCUGUGAGUGUCGGUACACCCGGCUAUCACCACAGUAUAAAGUUCUCUCUUCCUGGAAGAUCAGAGUUCAUUGGGCAAAUGAUGUUUCGGGAUGAUGAGCAGGACCUUUCAAUUACCUGACAUAUAUGAAUUGGCAUUCCCAGUCGCAGAUAAAUGGACUGCGAUAUUCUAUUCACCGAACUGGAGAGAAUACUCGACAGCUCAUCAGUGCAGCUAUCUUGCGGACACGCGUUAGAGCAUGUGCUCUGAACCUCUCCUACAGUGAUCGAAGCCUCCGACUCAACGAAUACAGACCGCUGACGUUCUUCACCGUGAGAAGAGAAUUGUUGGGCGUCUUCUGCCUUCACAUGGCAGACUUCAUUUUAUUAUGCUAGUUCAAUUGAAAUGCAGGCUGCCGGGUGAAUCACAUUCGCGGUCCCUUGGC